CUCUAUAAAAGCAGACAAAUUUUCGAACUCGAGUCACAGUUUAACGAGGAGUCGAGAUGAAAUUACUUAUUGUAUUGUUUGCUCUGUUUGCCGUCGCCUUAGCGCUUCCCCAGUGGGGCUAUGGCCGUGCCCACGGAUCUCGUCCUAGCGGAGGUGGGAAUUAUAAUAAUGGGAAUCGCGGUGGUAAUCAUCACCACAACCCCCAUCACGCUCCUCAUUAUCAUCAUCAACCACAUCAUCAUCACCACUAGAGGAUUUGAACUUCACAUUCAAAAAUGAAUC